AUGCAGCAAGCUCAGGACGGGGUGUCCUUUAAAGAGGUGGCUGUGUAUUUCACCAAGAGGGAGUGGACCCUCCUGCACCCAGCCCAAAGAUCUAUGUAUAAGGAAGUCAUGCUGCAGAAUUUUGGGAAUGUGGCCUCUCUGGGACCUGAGAUGGCUAAACCUGACCUCAUAUCCUUGCUGGAGGAGGAGGAAGAGCCGUUUCUCCUGAUCUCUGAAGAAGAAAAGGGAUUGGCAGGACCCGAGAUGGUGAAACCUGGCCUCAUAUCCCAGCUGGAAGAGGAGGAAGAGCUGUUUCUCCUGAGCUCUGAUGAAGAGGAGGGAGUGGCAGGAGAGAAUAAAUAUAAAUGCCUGGAGUGUGGGAAAAGCUUCCACUGGAGUGGAAAUCUUACCAUCCAUCAAAGAAUUCAUACUGGGGAGAAACUAUACACAUGCAUGGAGUGUGGGAAAAGCUUCAAUUGGAGUGACAGUCUUACUUUCCAGCAAAUAAUUCACACAGAAGAUAAACCAUAUAAAUGCCUGGAGUGCAGGAAGAGCUACAAGAGUGGAAAACUAACUUCCCAUCAAGGAAUUCACACAUGGGAGAAACCAUACACGUGCAUGGAGUGCGGGAAAAGCUUCAGUCAGAGUAACAGUUUUAUUUCCCAUCAAAGAAUUCACACAGGAGAGAAACCAUACACAUGCAUAGAGUGCGGGAAAAGCUUCAGUUGGAGUAACAGUCUUAUUUCCCAUCAAAGAAUUCACACAGGUGAGAAACCAUAUAAAUGCCUGGACUGUGGGAAAUGCUUCCGUGAGAGUGGAAAACUUACUACUCAUCAAAGAAUUCACACAGGGGAGAAACCAUAUCAGUGCCUGGAUUGUGGGAAAAGCUUCAGAUCGUAUAACGGUCAUACUUAUCAUCAAAGAAUUCACACAGGGAACAAACCAUAUCAUUGCCUAGAUUGUGGGAAAAGCUUCUGUUCAAAUAAUGGUCUUACGUACCAUCAAAGAAUUCACACAGGUGAGAAACCAUAUACAUGCCUGGAGUGUGGGAAAGGGUUCAUUCAGAAGAAAAGCCUUACUUCCCAUCAAAGAAUUCACAGGGAGGAGAAUCCAUAUCAUAGCCUGGAGUGCAGGAAAAGGUUCCGUUCGAAUAACAGACUUACUUCCCAUCAAAGAAUUCACUCAGGGGAGAAACCAUAUAAAUGCCUGGAGUGUGGGAAAACCUUCAGUUCGAAUAACGGUCUUACUUCCCAUCAACGAAUUCACACAGCAGAGAAGCCAUAUCAAUGCCAGGAGUGCGGGAGAACCUUCAGACAUAAACUCAGUCUUACUUUCCAUCAAAGGGUUCACACAGGGGAGAAACCAUAUACAUGCAUGGAGUGUGGGAAAAGCUUCAGUCGGAAUGAUAGUCUUAGUAUCCAUCAAAGAAUUCACACAGGGGAGAAACCAUUUAAAUGCCUGGAGUGUGGGAAAAGCUUCAUUUUGAGUAACAGUCUCACUUCCCAUCAAAGAAUUCACACAGGGGAGAAACCAUAUCAAUGCCUUGAAUGUGGAAAAAGCUUCAGUCAGAGGGGAAGCCUUACUACCCAUCAAAAAAUUCACAGUGGGGAGAAACCGUAUACAUGCUUGGAUUGUGGGAAGAGCUUUAGUGAGGGUAGAGAACUUUCUUCCCACCAAAGAAUUCACAAAGGGGAGAAACCAUAUAAAUGUGUGGAGUGCGGGAAAAGCUUCAAACAGAAUGCCAAUCUUAUUUACCAUCAAAGGAGUCACACAGGGGAGAAACCAUAUCAAUGCCUGGAGUGUGGGAAAAGUUUCAGUCGGAAUGACACUCUUACUUAUCAUCAAAGAAUUCAUACAGGGGAGAAACCAUAUCAAUGCCUAGAAUGUGGGGAAAGCUUCAGUUGGCAUAGCCGUCUUACUUUUCAUCAAAGAGUUCACACAGGCGAGAAACCAUAUGAAUGCCUGGAGUGCGGAAAAAGCUUCAGUUCACGUGGUUAUCUUACUAUGCAUCAAAGAAUUCACACAGGGGAAAAACCAUAUAAAUGCUUGGAGUGUGGAAAAAAUUUCAGUCGGAAUGACAGUCUUGUUACCCAUCAAAGAAUUCACACAGGGGAGAAACCAUAUAAAUGCCUGGAUUGUGGGAAAAGCUUCCGUCUGUGUGCACAACUUACAUACCAUCAAAGGAGUCACACAGGGGAGAAACCAUAUAAAUGCCUGGAGUGUGGGAAAAGUUUCAGACAUAAUUACACUCUUACUUCGCAUCAAAGAAUUCACAUGGGAGAAACUACACAAAUGCCUGGAGUGUAG